GCGUAUUUUAUUUGUGGACUAGCAAUCUCACGGAUCUAACCUCGCAUGUAUUUCAAAAGAUAAGAAGUUUUUAAAUGAAAUAAAAUUAAAUGAACAAUAAACAAUGUGGCAGAUACUAAUAUUACUAAGUGUUGUGUCGUUAGGCUAUUGUGAUGAUGGUGAGUGGAAACAAGUGCGCACUGCGCAAGGAGAGGUGCGCGGGCGCAAGGACCCUGCCAGUGGAGUCUAUGAAUUCCUUAAUAUUCCAUAUGCUAAAGUGCCUGUAGGAAAAGACAGAUUUAAGGCUCCUCUCCCAGGACCGUUAUGGCUGGAACCUCUAGAGGCCGUUGACAGAGGCAUCAUCUGCAUGCAACCUCCUUCACCAUUCUUCGACCCUAGUACCAAAACAAUGCAGGAAGACUGUCUCAUCACUAAUAUUUAUGUUCCUGAUACUGAUGAUACAAACCUACCAGUUAUAGUAUACAUCCAUGGAGGUGCAUUCGAAAUCGGAUACGGCAACAUGAUGACACCUAAACAUAUGGUUAAGGAUAAGAAAGUAAUUGUGCUCAAUUUCAAUUAUCGUCUUGGAGUACAUGGAUUCCUAUGUCUGGGCACUGAAGACGCGCCAGGAAACGCUGGACUGAAGGACCAAGUAGCUCUACUUCGCUGGGUGAAAAAGAAUAUUGCUAGUUUUGGUGGUAACCCAGAUGAUGUUACUAUAGCUGGCUGCAGUGCUGGCUCAGUCUCAGUAGACUUGUUGAUGCUUUCAAAAUCAACGAAAGGACUGUUUAAUAAAGUCAUACUAGAGAGUGGAGUAGGCGUAGGUUUUAUAGCAAUCCAGAGAAAUCCAAUAGAAAACGCUAAAACCUAUGCAAAAAUGCUAAACUUUACCAAUGCUCAUGAGUUUUUCUUAAUGAAAGAAUUUUACAAAAGUGCUCCAAUGAAACGUAUGUUUGUGAGUACCUUUUUAGGUAGAAAAGAUUCUACUGUAAUAUUCUCACCUUGUAUAGAAAGAAAAAAAGGCAAUCAGGCGUUCCUAGACGAGUCGCCGUAUAGUAUUAUUAGGAGUGGCAAAUAUAAUAAAGUUCCUAUGCUCAUCGGCAUCAGUAACAUGGAAGGGUCACUGCAGAUGCAUCAUGUGGGAAUAUGGAAAGACUCUAUGAAUACCAAAUUCAGCGAUUUCAUUCCAGUCGAUUUAACCUUUCGGAAUAACGACGAAAGAGAAAUGAUCAGUAAAAAAAUUAAAGAAUUUUAUUUUGGCGACCAGCCUGUAGGAGAAGAAACGAUACUAGCUUACCUUGACUAUUUCGGUGAUAUUAUGUUUGGCUAUUCAACUUUGAGAUCAGUUCAAUUACAUUUGGAAGCUGGACACAAGCAAAUCUACUUGUAUGAAUUCAGUUUCGUGGAUGACAAUGUGCCUGUCAUACCUAACACAAAUGAACGUCGUGCACAACAUUGCUCUCAAACAAUGGCAGUACUGGAAGGACGUGUGGAUGAAGAAACCUUAUCCGAAGAGUACAGAAACUUGAAGUCUACUAUAAGAGAAAUGUGGACAAACUUCGCUAUACACGGAACUCCUGUGCCAGAAAAUUCGUCUUUGCCUACCUGGCCUACAACAGGUGCAGACGGUACUCCAUAUAUGUCCAUAGGAAAUCCAGUGGAGAUAAAAGAAACCUUUUUGGGAGAACGUGGAAAAUUCUGGAACAAGAUUUAUGAAAAAUACUACAGUGCACCAGUGGCUCCACCUACACCACAAGCGUAUCACAGUGAACUGUAAAUUUAAAUGAAGCAAGCUGCUAAUUUGUGUAUAAAUCUGUUUUUAAUAAAAAUAUCUGACUUGAA